AUGCUUACCAUAAGUAAUACCCAGCUCGACAUCAAUUUCUACGAUGAAUCGUGCCCUAAUUUUCCCACCAUUGUUAGAUAUGGUGUUUGGUCAGCCAUAAAAAAUGACAACAGAAUGCCUGCAUCCCUCCUUCGACUGCACUUUCACGAUUGCAUAGGAUGCGAUGCUUCUGUGCUUCUUGAAGAUACACCAUAUUUCACGGGCGAAAAGAAUGCUUUUCCUAAUCGCAAUUCACUUAGGGGACUUGAAGUCAUUGAUCAUAUAAAAGAACAAGUUGAAAGGCUAUGUCCAUACACAGUUUCCUGCGCUGAUAUCUUAGCCUUAGCAGUUAGGGAAGCUAUUGAUCUGGUUGGAGGGCCUUCUUGGUCUGUUGCAUUAGGCCGAAGAGAUGCAAUAACAGCCAAUCAGACAGCAGCUAAUGAACAAAUUCCCUCACCAUUCGAGCCUCUGGACAGCAUCAUUGCAAAGUUUGCUUCAAAGGGUCUAAACUUGAGGGAUGUUGUAGCGCUUUCAGGAGCACACACAAUUGGUUAUGCUCGAUGCUUGACCUUCAAAAGGAGACUCUUUGACUUUCAAGGUUCUGGCAAACCUGAUCCUGUGCUUGACUUUUCACCACUUCUCGCAAAACUGCAAAGCAUGUGUCCAAAUAAAGAAGCUUCAAACAGCAACCUUGCUCCUCUGGAUGCUACAAGUAUCUUGACGUUUGAUAAUGAGUAUUAUAGAAAUCUCGUACACAACGCAGGGCUUCUAGAAUCUGACCAAGCACUAAUUCGGGAUCGUAGGACAGCUGCCAUGGCUUAUUCUUACAGCAUCGACCAAUCUUCCUUCUACAAUGAUUUUGCUACAUCCAUGGUGAAGCUUAGUAAUGUAGGUGUGCUUACAGGAAUGCAAGGACAAAUUAGAAAGAAAUGUGGCUAUGUAAACUACUAA